GGAGCAGAAACUCUCCAGCUGCACCACAAAGCUCUGGAAGUCUUCUGUAAGACCGACCAGAUACUCAUCUGUAAUAUGUGUGCCGUGGAGGACCAUAGAGGCCACAGAAAGCGCUACAUAGAGAUCCCCAUGUUGUUGGACACUUCAUCUCUACUAGGACAGUCACUGAAAAACAUGAAUGAUUUGAAUCUCUUCAAAAAUCAUCUGAUCCAUUGUUACCCAGAGUGCUUUGAGACCCAGCUGGACAAUGAAGAUGUUCAAGAUUUGGUUGAGAAGAUGCUGGAGAGUUUUGGAACCGAGGGUGCCUUGAAGAUCACACUGAACUUUCUAGACAUAAGAAAUAAAACUCUUUGGAAAGCCAGAGAAAUUAAAACUAAACUGGGGCAGAAGUUUCAACAAAUAUUUGAAGGAAUUGGACACCAUGGAAAGCAAACUCUCUUAAAUGACAUCUACACAGAGCUCUACAUCACAGAAGGUGGAAGUGGAGAGGUCAAUAAUGAACAUGAGGUGAGACAUAUCGAGAUGGUUUCUAAGGAACAAACCACACAAAAGACCGCCAUCAAAUGCAACAACAUCUUCAAAAGGUUACCUGGACAAAGAAAACCUAUCAGGACUGUGCUGACCAAAGGAAUUGCUGGCAUUGGAAAAACAGUUUCUGUGCAGAAGUUCAUCCUUGACUGGGCAGAGGGAAAAGCAAAUCAAGAUAUUCAUUUCAUAUUUCCUCUUCCUUUCCGUGACCUUAACCUGAAAAAGGGUCAAUAUAGUCUGAUGCAACUUCUGCAAUACUACUGCCCAGAUCUAAAAGAUAUUGACAGCAUUCAGUGUGGUGAAAUCAAAACUCUUUUCAUUUUUGACGGUCUGGAYGAGUGUCGACAUCCUCUAAAUUUCCAGAACAAUGAGGACCUGUAUGACAUCACAGAGCCAACCUCAGUGGAUGUGCUGCUGACAAACCUCAUCAAAGGGAAUCUGCUUCCCUCUUCUCAUCUCUGGAUAACCACACGACCAGCAGCAGCCAAUCAGAUACCCUUUGAGUGUGUUGACCAGGUGACAGAAGUAAAAGGUUUCAGUGACCCACAGAAGGAGGAGUACUUCAGGAAGAUAAUCGGUGAUGAGGACCUGGCCAGCAGAAUCAUCACACAGAUGAAGACAUCAAAAAGCCUCUACAUCAUGUGCCACAUGCCAGUCUUCUGUUGGAUAUCAGCCACUGUCCUUGAAACAAUGCUAAAAGAAACAAAGAAUGUCGACGUUCCCAAAUCUCUGACACAGAUGAACACCCACUUCCUGCUCAUCCAAACCAGUGUGAAAAACAAAAAGUACAACAAAGCCACAGAGGAAAACCCUCAGAAACUGUCUCAGUCAGACAAAGGCAUGAUCCUUAAACUAGCAAAGCUGGCUUUCCAACAGUUGCAGAAGGGUAACCUUAUCUUCUAUGAGGAAGACCUGACAGAGUGUGGCAUCGAUGUCACAGAGGCGCCAGAGUACUCAGCCUUGUGUACAGAAAUGUUCAAAGACGAAUGUGGGCUAUACCAAGACAAGGUCUUCAGCUUUGUGCAUCUGAGCAUUCAAGAGUUUCUGGCAGCAGUAUAUGCUUUAGAGUCAUGGCUGGGGAAGUCUGAAAAUGUGUUUGAGGAAUCAUUCAAGUGUGACAAGUUGUCUGACUUGCACAUGAGUGCAGUGGACAAAGCCUUGCAGAGUAAGAAUGGACACCUGGACCUGUUCCUUCGAUUUCUUCUGGGCCUCUCACUGGAGUCCAAUCAGAAUCUCUUAAAAGGCCUUCUGACAAGGAGAGGAGGUCAAACACCGAGCAUUGAGGAAACAGUCAAGUACCUUUCAGACAAGAUUAAGAUGGAAUCCUCACCAGAAAGGAUCAUCAACUUGUUCCACUGUCUGAAUGAACUUGGGGAUAACUCUGUAGUUGAAGAGAUCCAGACCUCCCUGCGAUCRGGAACUCUUUCAGAAACAAGGCUACAACCUCACCAAUGUUCAGCCCUGGCCUUUGUGUUACUGAUGUCAGAGGGGUUGCUGGAUGAGUUUGACCUGAAGACAUAUAACACAUCAGCGGAAGGUCGUCUGAGGUUGCUGCCAGUAGUGAAAACUGUGCAAGAAGCAUCACUGGCUGGCUGUGACUCACCAUAUACAUCCUGUUGGACACUGGCCUCAGCCCUGCAGACACCAAACUGCCCCCUGGCAGAGCUAGACCUCAGCUACAAUGACCUGGGAGACAGAGGAGUGAAGCUGCUCUGUGCCGGAAUAUCAGUCCACUCCACAACAUACAGACACUUAUGUGAGCAUCCACUCUGUUCUAGGUCCAUGUGGUCUGACAAAGGGUUGCUGUUCACAUCUGGCCUCAGUCCUGAGGUCACCCAACUCACAACUGAAACAACUGGAGCUGAGAUACAACAACUGCAGGACUCAGGAGUUACACUGCUGUGUGCUGGACUGAAGGAUCCAAACUGCAAACUGCAGACACUAGGCCUAAGUCAGUGUGGUCUGACAGAGGGUUGCUGUUCAGAUCUGGCCUCAGUCCUGUGUUCAACCAACUCACAACUGAAACAACUGGAGCUGAGAGACAACGACCUGCGCUCAGGAGUUACACUGCUUUCUGAUGGCCUGGCGGAUCCAAACUGUAAACUACAGAAACUAGGUCUAGGUCAAUGUGAUCUGACAGAGGGUUGCUGUUCAGAUCUGGCCUCAGUCCUGAGGGCAACCAUCACACUGAAACAACUGGAGCUGAGAGACAACAACCUGCAGAACUCAGGAGUUACACUGCUUUCUGAUGGCCUGGCGGAUCCAAACUGUGAACUGCAGACACUAGGACUGUCUGGCUGUGAAGUCACAGAGGAUGGCUGUGCUGCUCUGGCUUCAGCUCUGAGGUCAAACCCCUCCCACCUGAGAGAGCUGGACCUGAGCUACAAUCACCCAGGAGACUCUGCAGGGGGACUGCUUUCAGCUGGUCAAGGGGAUCCCAGAUGCAAACUGAUGAAGCUCAAUGUGGAUCACGGUGCAGAGUGCAGGCUGGUAUCCGGGCUGAGAAAAUAUGCCUGUCGGCUCACCAUGGACCCAAAUACAGCAACGCACACCUGUUACUCUCUGAGAGAACAGGAAGGUGCACGGGUGGACAAGGAGCAGCAUUAUGAAGACCAUCCGACAGAUUUAAAUGGCAUCCCAAGUUCUCUGCAGAGAAGGUUUAUCUGGAUCUCGAUAUUACUGGGAGGUGAUGUGGGAUUGUGGAGAGCCUGACAUUGGAGUGACUUACAAAGGAAUGAGUCGGAUGGGAUGGGGGUCUGACAGUGGAUUGGACAAAAUACUAAGUCCUGGAGUUUGAACUGCGCUGGUGAAGGUUACUAUUACUUUUUACAAUGCGGGAGGCAAUAUCACAUUCUUCCGCGGUCCUGUUUUUUGCACAGAGUUGGUGUGUAUCUUUGACUGGCCAGCUGGUACUUUUGUCCUUCUAUAGUGUGUCCUUUGGUAAACAGAAACAUCUUCACACAUUCUACACCACAUUCCACUGAGCCCUCUAUCCUGGGUUUUGGAUUUACCCAGACUCUUCCUUGUCUACAUAA